GGAGCGCUCGGCUGCGUGGCGCCGUCCGGAGCGCAGCUGCGUUGCACCGGGGAGAGCAUGGAGCCAGCUGCUGGCCCGGCCGAGGGGGGCUGUGGCCCAGCGGGGAGCGCCUCCGCAGGCAGACAGCAGCCGGGGGACCAGGGCGGCUGGGCGGGGGGGGCCGGCGGCAGCUGGAUGGCGGCUCACCCCACGCUCACAGAAAUGAUGUCUCUUGAUAUAUCUGACAGUACUCAAAUCUAUGCUGCGUUUGUGGUAUACCUGGACCUCUUAGAAGGGAGAAACUGGCAUGAAGUGAAGUAUGUUGGAGUAGCAGAACUGGAGCUCGUAUGUUUACAUGCACGUGAAAGAGAACAGGACAGUCUCCAAGUGAUGGUGCCGGUACCUGUGCACACAUUGUUGAGCCAUGAAAGGAUGAGAGAGAUCAUGAAGAAAGCGUCAAUCCCACAGGAUGAUCCUGACACCCCGCUGUCAGUUACUUUGGCCAUAGUUGAGUCAGAUUCCACAGUAGUCUACUAUAAAAUGACUGAUGGCUUUGUAAUACCAGAUCCUCCUGACGAUACUGAGGAUACAGACAAUAAACAGUGGAGAAAGAAAAGAAAGCUUUUGAAGUGAUUAAGACAAACACUUUUCUUGAGCUGCUGUCCUCAAACCUAAACAAAUCCAGGAACUUAUGUAAAUAAGUUGUGUGCUAAAGUCUGCCUUCUGCAUAUCAAGCAUCUUUUCAGGGAGAACAGAGGCUUGUGCAGCUGUACUGUAAUGAAAUGCCAUUUAAAGUAUGAAAUGGGUCGCGCUUUGAGACUAAUAAAUAUACUUGUGAGAUGUUUCCA